AUGUCCUCAACCCAAUUCCACCUCCCCCAAGAGGAAGGUCACUUCAACGCAGCCCCAAGCCUAAACCCACCUCCAACGCCAGCAACAAAAGACUACAAACUAAACCACCUAGCCCUCCGAAUCCAAGACCCAUCCCGCUCACUGCAUUUCUACAUCAACCUCCUAGGCAUGCGCAUAAUCUUCACCAUGAACGCCGGGCCCUUUACGAUCUAUUACCUCGGGCAUCCGCCGGUAGAUGCAACAACCGAAGAAGACAUUACCGCUUGGGCGAAGGCUACGAGUGAGAUCCCUGUUAUGACGACGACAAGCGGGCUGCUGGAGUUGUAUCAUGUGCAUGGUACGGAGAAUGCCAGUGAUGGUGGUGUUUCUACGGGGAAUCUACCCCCGCAUCUUGGAUUUGCGCAUCUGGGGUUCACGGUCCCUGAUGUGUCGGCUGCUGUGCAGAGAUUGAGGGAGGGUGGGGUUAGGAUUCUUAAGGAUGUGGGUGUUUGCUCGAGGGAGACGGUGCCGCUUUCGGGGUGGGAGGAGGAGAGGGGGAUUGGAUGUGGGGAGAUUCAUGGGAAUUAUGCUUGGUUUUUUGAGAAGUUUGCUAUGGUUUCUGAUCCGGAUGGAUAUACGGUCGAGUUGAUUCCUCAGAGCAUGUGA